AUGCAUCACUAUGGGGGGUAUUCUGUGCAACAAACCAUCAGCGUGAGUGCCAACUAUUUCCGAAAAAUUCGGGAGUGGGGGCCCAGUGAGGGUGCUGCUUGGCACUGUCAACAAGAAGAGGACACUGGCUCCGACUGGGAGGGAGGGGAAGAAGGAAACAGUCCACACUUCCUCAGACAGGAUGUUGCGCUCCUCAAAAAGGCAUCCUGGAAUCCAGAAUCUCAAAGGCCUCGUUCCUUAGAUGUUGACUCGCCAAAACGGGCCGUUUUCGGUGUUACACAAAACAAUCACAGGUGGUUUAAAAAUGACUUGGAGCGGUUUCGGCUUUCGUCUGAUAGAUUUCGUGUGGAUCUGAUUCGAUACGGAAAAACCAAACAGAAUCUCGUACGAGACGACUGGUUGUGCGUAUUUGACGUCCCAAAGAGGUGGUUCUGGCACUUCUACGCCACGUCGCUUGUUUGGAAUGGUCUUCUAUUGGCUUUCAGCUUGAACGUGACUCUACGACACCAUUUAUAUCCCAAUUGGCUGACAGACUUAAUAAAUGUUCUAUCUGGCUCAUUACACACGGGAAAUCAAGGUCUGCAUGUUAGCACGGUGUUGCUGCAGCUGCUGCUGUGGUCGCAUUCUCUCCGGAGGCUUGCGGAGUGUCUCUGCGUCAGCGUUUUCUCCGACGCCGUCAUCCACCUGCUGCAGUAUGUCUUCGGCCUGGCUUACUACCUCCUGCUGGGGUUGACUGUGCUCUGCUCGGACCACCAAACAAAAGCAAGUGGGUCUCUCUUAUCCCAACUGAAGUGGUUUCACCUGGUUGGGAUUGCACUUUUCGUUGCGGCCUCUGUGCUGCAGCAUCAGUCCUUAGUGCUUCUGGCUGGACUCCGUACUGGAAAGUCAGGAAGGGUGGAAACGCUGGCUCACCGGAUGCCAAAGGGCGGCUGCUUUGAGCUGGUGUCGUGCCCGCACUACUUGGCCGAGCUGCUCAUUUACGUCUCGCUGAGCCUGGUCGCCGGUGGUCUUUCGCUCACCUGGUGGCUGGUGGUCCUGUAUGUACUCUUCAACCAGGCGCUGGCCGCGCUUCUCUGCCACGACCACUACGUGGGCAAAUAUCCGUCCUACCCGGCACGCAGAAAAGCAUUUAUACCUUUUGUGAUGUGAUUGUGGCAUCUAGUGUGUGUAUAAUGUAUAUUAUGAUCAAUUCAAUUGUAUGUAUUUAUUUUGUGCUUUUUCAGUAAGUGUUGUCAAUGAUAACAGCCAAACAAAUUUUAAAUACAGUCUGGUUAUUGCUUUGGUCAUUUUUACGAACUACUGACGCAAGUGUGCUGAUCAUGUGAUAUGAAUCAUUCCUUUGAAUGAAAGCUUAUUGUGUAUUUUUAUGGAAUAAAAUAAUUGUACAAGCUAGACCUAAUAACAUGAGCACUUUGAGGAGAGAUUGGCAGU